CAUCCGGGUGGUAGUCAAAAAUUUGUAAUUAACAAUAAAAGUGAAUUUCCUUUAUUGUGGGAAGUUCUUAAUGGAAAAAUGAAGAUUCUAAAGCAAUCCGAAAAGGUUACCAAGCAUCAUGAUCUAUUGUCACCUGACAAAUUAAAGACAAUAUUUAAUCAUAAGACAUUGUCGAUUAAUAUAGCCAAGGGGCUUCAAUAUCAGGUGUUUAUAUGGUGUUGUCUUCUUUUCGCUCUACGUGGUGGUGAACAUAGUCAAAUGAAG